GCGUCCAAUCGAUCGAACACAAUACACGUUUUUGCCUUGCGAAAUCAAUUCGUAAUCAGACAUCGACCGAGUUCAGUCGCACUGAUCGACGUGAUCAAAAUUUUACAAAAAUGACGCAGAAUUCUUUGACGAAAAUGAAACGACGUUGGAUCGACAAAUAUAGAUCAGAAUUCGAUGCAAAAGUCCUUAAAAGCGCGGAAAUGUUAAAACUAAUUGUAAAACCGAAGUCUAUUUGGUUUGUUCAACAUUUGUUGUCGGAAGGUAGCAGCAGCUCAACGGAGUGUAAUAAUUUUGAAGGGGACGAAAUUCGCCCAAACGCUGAUAGAGAACACGAUAAGCUAACUCAAAAUGCAGAAACCAACGAAAUGUGGUCAGACAAUGUCAGAGAACCGGAACAGCCUACUGUAAAUAAUUAUGGAGAAACCGACGAAAUUUGGUCAGACGAUGACGGAGGGCCAAACAUUUAUGAAGAAACCAAUGGAACUCACCAAAAGAGACUGGUCUGUGACAAGGGCUAUUUUGGAAGUUUUUGUGAUAAUCGCGGGACAGUAACAAAUUCUGUGCACAUUCGUAAUGGUCCGUCCUGGGACCGAGUACAUGCGCUGGUCAAUGGUCAUUCUGGAAAAGUUCAGAACAACCACGGCACAAAAACGAAUUCUCCGAAAAUUUGUUACGAAAAUUCGACUCAUUCAUAUGGAAAUUUCUACGAGUACACGCCGCCUAGAUAUGGUCGACACAAUCACAAAGAAUCCAUCGAUUACGGAAACAAUCGGAGACCACAUAAUGGGCAUGGCUUCAGAGGUGCACCUGAUCGUCAUAAUUCACCGAAACCGUACGCCUCCUCCAAAUACAAUCGAAAUGCGAACGGAUUCAACAAGUUUUAUCAUCGCAAGCCUUUACUUGAAAGUCGAUGGAAUUCACGGAAUUCGCCAUAUUGAUUUGAAUGUACACAAUGUGUACUUGAAAUCUUACGACAAGACCGACCGCAGACAUUACAUUCCUACAUUUAAUUAACAAAAUAAGCACCAACUUUUCACCAAAAAUAGAGACAAAAGUUGCGUUCUUAAUUAAAUACAUCUACGUUG